UUGUCUUCUCCUCUCUCUCUCCCCCCCUCUCCUCUUUAUUUUCUUAGACGACAGGGAACACACGUUUCUCAAAAAAAGGAGCCAGACACCUCUUUUCUUCUUCCUCUCUGCUCCUCCUCCUCCACUGUAGGAAUCUGAGAGAGAGAGACACAAAUUCCUCUCUAUCUGGAAUCCAAUUCCUAAUCUUUCAAGAAUCAUAAGUAGCAGCAGACGGACAACCGCGCGCCUUCCUCAAUACGCUAGCGUUUCGAAUCUGCAAGAAAUGGCGAAGCGUGGAUAUAAGCUGCAAGAAUUUGUGGCUCAUUCAACCAACGUGAACUGCUUAAGUAUUGGUAAAAAGGCGUGUAGAAUGUUUAUCACCGGUGGUGAUGAUCAUAAAGUGAAUCUUUGGGCAAUUGGCAAACCCACUUCUUUAAUGAGCUUGUGUGGUCAUACAAGUCCAGUUGAAUCUGUUGCUUUUGAUACAUCAGAAGUUUUAGUGCUUGCCGGAGCUUCUAUGGGUGCAAUAAAGCUGUGGGAUUUAGAAGAAGCUAAGAUGGUUCGCACUCUUACUGGACACAGAUCCAACUGCACUGCUGUUGAAUUCCAUCCAUUUGGCGAGUUCUUUGCUUCUGGUUCCACAGACAUGAAUAUGAGGAUCUGGGAUAUCAGAAAAAAGGGCUGCAUACACACGUACAAGGGUCAUACUCAAGGAAUUAGCACCAUCAGAUUUACUCCCGAUGGUCGUUGGGUGGUUUCUGGUGGAUGUGAUAAUGUUGUAAAGGUGUGGGAUCUUACUGCUGGAAAGCUUUUGCAUGAUUUUAAGUUCCAUGAAGGACAUAUUAGAUCCAUUGAUUUCCAUCCCCUUGAGUUUCUCCUUGCUACUGGUUCCGCAGACAGAACCGUGAAAUUCUGGGAUUUGGAGACCUUCGAACUGAUUGGAUCUGCCAGACCUGAGGCUACAGGAGUGCGCUCUAUUACCUUUCAUCCUGAUGGAAGGACACUUUUUUGUGGAUUAGAUGAUAGUCUGAAGGUUUAUUCUUGGGAGCCUGUGAUUUGCCAUGAUGCUGUUGAUAUGGGAUGGUCGACACUUGGUGACCUCUGCAUUCAUGAUGGGAAACUCUUGGGCUGUUCAUUCUAUAGAAACUCUGUUGGAGUUUGGGUUGGAGAUAUAUCGUGCAUUGAGCCAUAUGGUGAUGGUUUUGUAACUAAAGAAAGUGAAUCCACAGACCAGAAAUUUAACAUCCCUGGAUGUAAUUCUUCAGAUAAAGUAGGAAGUGAUAUGAGAUCAACUUUGGGUUUCCGUUCUCCAUCUCCUGACUACGAGACAAAGGAAAUAAAGAACAUAUAUGUAGACUCUACUGGUGGAAAUCCUGUUACUUUACAAAGAGCUGGUUCCCUGAAUUCAUCAAAAGAAGUCCUCUCACUGGAUUCCAAGGAAAUGAGUGCUUCUCUAACCGAGAAGCAGAGCCCUUUAAUGGGAAUGAAUGCAAAUUUGAGUGAACAAGCUUUUAACAAAUCUUUCAUUGUCCCUACCAUUGUCCCUCGGGACAUUCCUGUUGAAAAAGAUUCUUCUAAUUCUGGAAAGGAGACUAUCACGUUUACAAAAACCAAACCUGGUAUGUUGCUCAGACCAGCUCAUGUGCGGAGGCCAUCAAAUAGCAAGAAUGAUGUUGACAAGAUGUCAGUGGCUCUUGAAUCUGGAAAUUUUAGCAGUGUUACAAGUGAGAAAGGUAGUGCAAGAGAUCCCAGCUUGCAAUCCCAGAUUGUAACAGAAGAUGGAAACUGUGAUGAAUCUGUUAAAAGCAGUAAAGAGAUUGCCCCUGUUAAGAUUGUCAAUGGAGUUGCAGUGGUAUCAGGCAGGACACGUAGUCUUGUUGAGAGGUUUGAAAGAAGGGAGAAAUUAAGCAGCGAAGAUCAAGAAUUAAUCACAAGUCAUCAAGCUGUGCCAGAAUCAAACAGGACCUCCACCACAGAAACAAAUACGACCCCGCCUGUCAUUUCUGGAACAGAUAGAACACCUGUUACAUCAAAUAUGACUCCUCUCAUUGUGCCUGAAACAGACAGAACUGCCACAAUAGCACCUAAAAUGAACCCUUGUUUUAUACCUGAAACAGAUAAUACAGCCUCCACAGCAUCAAAAAUGAUUUCUAUCGCCAUACCUGAGAAGGAUAGAACAGCCACCAUAGCAACUAAAUCAAGCCCUCGUGUUAUACCUGAAACAGAUAGAAAACCCUCUUUAUCAACUAAUAUGAUGUCACGUGUUAUAUCGCAAACAGAUAGAACACCCCCUGUAGCUGCCCGUAUGACCUCACGUGUUAUACCUGCAACUGAUCGGACUCCCCCAGUAGCAACUAUUUUCACCCCUCGUGUUAUACAUGAAAGGGAUAGAACACCCCCUAUUCCUACAAACACUGCCACGCGACCUCCCCCAGUAGCAGCUGCUAUCACCCCUCGUGUUAUUCCUGAAAGGAAUAGAACACCCCCUGUUCCUACUAAUACAACCACGCCUGUUAUACCUGAAGUGGAUAGAAUACCUUCCAUAACCACUAAUUUUACACCUCGCAUCGAAUGUGAAAUGGAUAGAGCACCCCCCAUUCUGAAUGACGAGCCUCAAAUUUCUGGUAGCAACUCGACCUCUGCUAAUUAUAAGGAUGUUAUUGAAGAUCUGAUGCAAAGUCAUGAUGUAUUCCUAAAUACCCUUAAAUCCCGCUUGACUAAGCUACAGGUGAUUCGACAUUUUUGGGAACGAAGUGACAUUAAAGGUGCUAUCAAUGCCUUGAGGAAACUGCCAGAUUAUUCUGUGCAAGCAGAUGUGAUCAGUGUUCUCAUGGACAAAAUGGAGAUUCUCAACUUAGAUUUAUUUUCUUGCUUGCUUCCUGUGCUUGUGGGCUUGCUAGACAGCAAGAUGGAAAGGCAUGCAAAUAUCUCAUUGGAGAUGCUACUGAAGCUUGUAGCGGUUUUUGGCCCAGUAAUACAAUCAGCUGUUUCCGCACCUCCAGUUGUUGGUGUUGAUCUUCAUGCAGAGCAAAGGCGAGAAUGCUGCAACAAGUGCUUUGCUCAGCUGCAAAAGAUCCAGCAAAUUCUUCCAGCACUAGCAAGGAGGGGCGGUUUAUUGACAAAAAGUGCUCUAGAAUUGAAUCUAGUCCUUCAACAGUCAUAGCAAAUGGUGCCAUCUAGAAUCAAUUUCAUCAGAAAAUGUUGAAAGAGUGGCCCAACCAAUACCCUGCCAGCAGAAACACAAGGAGUGUGAUACUCCUUGCAUGUGGUUUUGUCAAUCUCGCAAUUUUGUUUUGGAGCUCCCUACUGCUUGCCAUCAUAUUGGUUUUUACAACUACUACUACUGACGGCAUCCUACAGCUUGAGAGUUUUGUGAGGCAAACAUCAGAGCAGUAGCUUUACUUGAAACUAUUACCGCGAAGGACGAAUUAUCUCAUCUUUCCAACCAUGGUCCUUUCUGAACUUAGCAUGAAAUUUCACUUCGUAAUUCUUCGCCUCUAGGCAGUACUAUAUGUGUUCUUUUGUGCAAAUGAAUGUAAUUAGUGCCAAUUCAUAUGUAUACUCCAUUUGUUAUAUUCAAUGAAAAUCAUAAAUUUUUUUUCUGGACCGA